AUUGACCCCUUUCGCUUCUCUGACUCACCUCUCUCAAUUGAAAUUUUAGAGAGAGAAACAAACACAAAUUCUAGAGAGAGAAAGUGAGAGAGAGAGAGCAUAGGGAGGGGUAAAGGAUUGAAGACUUUUGGAAGUUGAAUUGAAGCUGACAUCUUCAACGGAAAAAAAAAAGAGGUUAAUAAGGCAAAGGAAAAAGGGUCAACAGAUUGAAAUGAUGUUAGACUAUCCUUCAGAAGCCUAACAUUGAUGCCAGCAGUUAAAAUGGUGGCUAAAUCACCUAUCACUUGCAAAAGAAAUGGGAAGUAUCCUCGUGUUUCUCAUAAGUCAAAUAGAAUAUGCAAUAAAGUAUGCAAAAGAUCGUGUUUGAUGGUCGGAGUUACCAAUGAAGUGGAAAAUUUAGAUCUAUCAAGCCAGAUAUCUUGUAAUGGUGGUUUUUUUGUAAAUAAAGAUUCUUCAAAGGAGGGUGACAAUGAAGAACACCAAAUGCCUUCCAAUAUAGAUGCAUAUGAGGGGCAGAACGGUCUCUCAGUCAAUGGUUGUGCAGAGUCCGUAGUAGAAACGCAGGAUUCUUUUCCGGUUUCUGUUCCUGCAAUCUCAGAUUCAGAUGCGUUGUUAGCUUAUUUUAACAGGCCUGACGAUAACCUAUUUGAUGGAGUUAAUGGGGAGGAAAUCAAUACCCUACCUGGUCAAGUGGAUGCCAAUAACUUUUCCAAUUUCCAAACACCUGAUAUGCUGGAGUUGUAUAUGGAUGAAGCAUGUCUUGAUGGGUUUUCCUUCGACGGGGUGAAUCUAUUUGAUGAUAGUCUCUACUAUAAUAUCCUUAACGAUCUUGAAUUUUUUGAGACAAAUAUGAUAUAUGAUCUUCCCGCCCUUGAGGACACCAUAGGAGUGGCUAAUUUCCAAUAUGUAGAGUCUUCUGAAGAGGUUCAUAAGCAGAUUCCAGAUUCUUCAUGGUUCAAUUCCAUCUGCCAUCAGGCCAAGCCUGUUAUGGAAGAGCUUGAUGUCAGGUCCUGUCAGUUUGAAUCUGGAAGAAUAGAUUAUGCUGAUCAAGAGUUAUUGAUAAAAAACUUCUUGGAGGUAUCUGACGAGUCUAACUUGUUACCAGCUCUAGUAAGCAGGGAGACAAGUAGAACCAAGCGUGUUACCCUUGUUCUUGAUUUGGAUGAAACACUGAUCCACUCUACAAUGACACAAUAUGAUAGUGGUGCUGACUUCACAGUUCAAAUCUUACUUGAUAAGGAGUACACUGUUUAUGUGCGAAAAAGACCCUUCCUCCAUGAGUUUUUGGAGAGAGUAUCGAAGAUGUUUGAAAUCUUCAUUUUCACAGCAAGUAAAAAGAUUUAUGCCGAGAAGUUGCUAGAUGUUCUUGAUCCCGAAAAAAAGAUUUUUUCUCAUCGAGCAUACCGAGAUUCGUGCAUCUUUCAAGAUGGUACUUACACCAAAGAUUUGACUGUUCUUGGAAUUGACCUUGCAAAAGUAGCCAUAGUAGACAACUCUCCGCAGGUGUUCAGGUUGCAAGUUAACAAUGGAAUUCCUAUAGAGAGUUGGUUUGAUGAUCCAUCUGAUUUUGCGUUAAUGUCUCUACUUCCUUUUCUGGAGAAAUUGGUCGACGUGGACGAUGUCCGCCCCGUUAUAGCAGAGAAAUUUGGGAAUAAAUUUUAGCUCAUUGGCAUAUAUUCUGGAUCUCAUAGCCAUUCAUAGAAGCAGUAGAUUAUUCUAAUUUUAGGAUACUGCAUUAGUCAGAAAUAAGUCAGAAAUAACUCUGCCUAGUUGUUUUUGCAGAUUUUAGUUUGACUCUAGUGAGUUGUUAGAAAUUAGUUAUGAUUAUGUGAUAGCUCCAUAGCAUUUUUAUAAAUUGUACAGAAAUAAUACAAUAGUUUGGUUUCAAA